GAUUUGGUGUCACGUGACGCGCUGUGCGUACGCGGCGGAAUUGUAAGUGAAGAUGGCGGACGAGGAGGCCGAGCAGGACCGCAGCGAGCGGAUCGACGCUUCCGACGCUUUUAAUGCGUUCUCAGCGCGACUCGACGAGAUAGCGGCGCCUUUAAAAAGCAGCACGGAGUCUCGGGACGAGUGCACGUCGCAGUACUGUUUUGACUUCUGUCAGGCAUUGGUGGAGUUUGCCAGUCUGUGGAAGAUAGACGAGGAACCAUUAGCAGUACUGGAGGUUUACGUCAUCGCUCUUCUCAGCUUUACACAGGUGACCUCAUACCUUUCUGUAAAGUGUGAAAAGGUGCCUGUCGUACUCGAAAGACUUUCACUGAGUUGUGUAGAGUUGCUGAUAUCUCUGCACCAGAAUGUCCCAGAUGCACUGUGGGAAAGGUUUAGGUCAACUGUUCAGAUUGCCCAUUCAUCGGUACAGGAGAAGGAAAUUUCCCAGCUGAUGAUGCUCUUCACCCUCUCACAAGAGCAAGGCAUAUGGACCAAUCCAACACUGCAGAGUAUCCUUAAAAAUGAAACGCCAGCUCAAGAGAAAGUUCAUGAGUUCCUCACUCUUGAAGGACCAACAUUGCUUAUGCUGCGAGUCAAACACCUGAUCAAAGAGAAUUGUGUUGAGCAGGCUGCAUUGCUGGCCAAGGCCUGUGCUGAGAUCUCUCAAAUUGAAGAAAAUGGACACUUCAAACAGACAUACCUGGUUUGUUUGUGCACUAUUGCUCCACAGGAAAUUGUAAUGGAAGAGCUCUCGAGAGUGGACUGUCGUGAUGCUUUAGAGAUGAUUUGCAACCUUGAGGCAGACGGUGAUGAGAAAGCUGCGUUUACUUUGUGUUCUGGUUUUUUGACCCGUCAAAUUCUUCAAGAGGAUUCUUACUGUGCUUGGGAGCUGACUCUGUUCUGGGGUAAACUACUGAAGAGAUUAGAACCUUCAGAGCAAGGCUUUUUAGACAGAUGUCGUCAAAUGUCGCUUCUGUCCAAAACUGUGUUCCAUCUACUCUUUUUCGUUAAAGUCGUCCAGUCGGAGAUGGAUAAAGAUGGACUGCCGACUUGCAUUGAGAUGUGUAUACGAGCUCUCCGAAUGGAGUCGUGUGAAGAUAGCACCAAGGCCACAGUCUGCAAAACCAUUUCCUGCCUGUUGCCCUCAGACCUGGAGGUUAAACGGGCCUGCCAGCUGACACAGUUUCUCUUGGAGCCGACGGUUGACUCCUAUUACGCGGUGGAGACUCUUUACAAUGAGCCAGACCAGAAGCUAGAGGAGGAACAUCUACCAGUACCGAACUCACUGCGUUGUGACCUGAUUUUAGUCCUCAAAACCCAAUGGCCUUUUGACCCUGAGUUCUGGGACUGGAAGACAUUAAAACGCCACUGUUUGGGUCUUAUGGGAGCGGAGGCCUCCAUUGUGUCCUCUAUUGAUGAACUAAAUGAUGGUGACCCUGAGGCAUUAGAGGAAGAGGCAAACUUGUUCGGUGGGGAGUUUAAGGAUGUGAAUCAGCGGUUUCUGGAUACAACUAAUGAACUGAAUGAAAUAGCAGAUCAGAAGCAGAAGAACAGAGAGAUUAAAAAGUUGAGAGAAAAGGGCUUUGUUUCUGCUCGGUUCAGGAAUUGGCAGGCUUACAUGCAAUAUUGUGUUUUGUGUGAUAAGGAGUUUCUCGGUCACAGAAUAGUGCGACAUGCGCAGACUCACUUUAAGGAUGGACACUACACCUGCCCAAUAUGUUUAGAGACCUUUGAUGCAAGAGAGACUCUCGAACCACACGUUGCGUCGCAUGUGAAACUUUCAUGUAAAGAACGUCUGGCAGCGAUGAACACGAGUAAGAAAUUAGCCAACCCAAAAACCGCCGCUCCUGUCAUAGCAGCUCUGAAAGCUAAAAGUGAAAAUCAGCUGCGAAAGACCAAAGCAAAAAACAACUGCAACAAGGACUCCAAAAAACUCCUUAAUGGAGAUGCAGAUGACUCUGAGCGUUUGGACUUAAAGGAUGGUAGCGAAGGGAGUAUUUGCCCGGUUCAGAGCUGCCGGAAGGGAUUUAAAUACUUUCGUAAUCUUCUUGCUCACGUAAAAGAUCACGGUGACAACGAAGAAGCAAAACGCUUCCUUGAAAUGCAGAGCACAAAAGUAGUGUGUCAGUAUUGCCGUCGUCAGUUUGUCAGCGUUGAUCACCUGAACGAUCACCUACAGGUACACUGUGGCACGAAACCCUACAUUUGCAUACAGCUUAAUUGCAAAGCCAGUUUUGACUCUAAUGCUGAACUUCUUGUACAUAAAAAAGAACACCCAAUCUUCAAGGCUAAGUGUAUGUUUCCAGGUUGCGGCAAGAUUUUUCAUGAAGCCUAUAAACUGUAUGACCAUGAGGCACAGCAUUACAAAACAUUUACCUGCAAAGCACCAGACUGUGGUAAAGUGUUUCAUUGUCAGGCCGAGUUAGAUCUCCACACUGAGGGUCACGUCACAAAAGAGGAAGGCCAGAGCACUGACAGCCAACCUACAGAACCUUAUCAAGAACAAUUGCAUCAGCCAGACCCUGCCUUGGUCACGCAUUUAAAUGGCAUUGGCAUGGAUCCUCUUGUGGACCGUCCGUCAGCCACGGUGUUAGUAAAGCAUUCUGUCGAAAAAAUGUUAAACGUUGCUUUUGCAGUUUCCUCUGAAGGGUCUGUGAAUCCAGAAAUAGGUAAACCUAAACCGCAAGAACAGAAUCCCAUUUAUCAGCAGAUCCCUCAAACUAAUGACCAUCUGACCCAGGCAGCUAUGGGUGCGCACAUGUCACAUUUAAAUCAGUUUGGACCAGAGGAAUCUCUCCUGGAGGCAUUGAUGAAUGAUUCAGAUCCUAUUCCCUCUACAUCUUCAUACCAGAGCUUAUUAGAGGACUUUCUGCCUGUUCCAGCGACUGAUGUUUUGCAAGACCAGCUACCAACCACUGAUUCGGGUAAGACUUUAUUAUACAACAAUACAAAUGGUGUGUUUGGGCAGUACAGUACCAAUCCUUUGGGUCAGAUUCAGACGCAGUAUUCAAACAUCUACCCUAAUAACAUGACGCCACAAACACAGUCUUGUCACAGUGCAACGCCACUUGUGUCACUGGGUCAGAUGGUUCCACCUGUUUCACAAACACUUCCGCUUCAAAUAGCUCCAUUACCACCAAGUAAUGGACAAACAUCUGAAAUGAAAACUGUCCAACCGGCAGGCACAAACAGCGCUGUAGAAGUGGUGAAAGAAAAAGAAAGACACAAAUGUCCACAUGAUUCAUGUACUCGAGACUAUAGCUCUUACAGGAGUGUAACUAAGCACAUGAAGGCUGUUCAUCCUGAUUUUUACACACAGUGGAAACUAGCGAAGAAGAACAAUGUGGCACCCCGUUCCGUUUCUAUGAAAGGACGUGUCAGUUCAGUUCGACGAGACAAGAUGGGUCAAAGAGUCCCUGUCCCUGUUGUUCAAACACAGAACCACCUUAGUCAACCUAAUCCUUUCUCAACAAACUGCAUAAACCCCAGUUUUCCUUCUGUCACCUCUCAUAUAACUGCUCCCCCCACAGGCCAUAUCCAAACCAAUGGAAUGGACAACAUAUUGGAUCCCAUUGUGACCUCUCAACUUGGAAAUGGUACAAAUCAGUCUCAAAUGCCAUCUGGCCACUCAUGGGACUCCAGGAACAAUUCAUUGCCCCAACAACAGACAUGUCAUUCCCAGGCAAUGACUCAAAACAUGAACACCAUGUCAAAUAGUAAUUUUACUCCUCACUUGGACACAGCUUCUAGUGAAAAUCCCCUGCAUAGAGGAAUGCACUAUAUUACUCUACAAUCACAGAAUGAUUCUAACAUUUCACCUGCGCCAAUACCAGUGGAGAGUGUUCAAAAGCUAAAUGGACCCACCAAUCACAGUUUGCAUUCACUUGGCAACAUCCAUCCACCUCAACAAGUCAUGUGUCCUAAUAUGAUGGGAGUUGGUAAUUCUGUAGCAAAUCCAACUUUGUCCUCUGCUCAAACGUCUGUGUUACCCUCUUACACUGACAGACUGAACAGUUCAAUUCCUAAAGAUUCAUCCGUAUCUUCCUACUGUCAACAAACAAGCAAUGAUACUUUCUCUGGAGUAACACACACUGAGUGUGUUGUGAAGAUGGAAAGGGAGAAGGAUCCAAAUUUACAUAUACCACUAUCAAGCAAUGGAGCUGCCCCAUUAGAUGAGAGUUCUUCUCAUAAUAACACUGGACAUGUGUCAGACGCCAAGGUAAAGAAAAAGGUCAAACGAAACAGAAAAACAAAGUACCCAUCCAUUAUUAAAGAUGGAAAGUUUAUUUGUUGCAGGUGCUUUCGAGAAUUUCCAAGUCCUAAAUCUCUUGGAGGGCACUUAUCAAAGCGUUCUUAUUGCAAAUCAUUUGAGGAAACUGACCUAACGAAUGAUCUUCCCAGCUCCUUUCUUGAUCUUCUCAAUUCACCUCAUCCAACACCUUCCUCAUAUGUGAACCUGGAACUGUCUGUGCACCCACCAGUAAAAGGCCCUCUUGAUCCGAAACUAUUUCCCAAUGUCACUUAUCCCCAAGCUAAUGGUUCCAUUCACACGAACAAUGAUAAACGGAUAGAAGAAGUGUUCAGGCAAAGCACAUCAAAUUUGUGUGUGAGCUCUGGACAAGAACAACAGAUGCUUCCUGAUGCCGGCAGGGUGUAUACUCAAAGCAAUCGCAUGUCAGAAACUAGUGUUAUACAGCACACAGAUAGUGUAAAACAUCAACUACAAGCAAGUUACCCAGAGCUGUCCAACCCUAUUUUUAAUGAUGGUCUUAGCGAUCCUCUUCUUUCUCAGUUGUUAGCUGAGGACCACUCUGCAUCCUCUCCGGGUAGUGGAUCUUCAGAUCAUGUCAGUCAAAUUCUUCAAGCUAAAAGUAUAAAUAAAAUGAAAGAGAGCAAGGACAAAACAUCUGUCGUCAAUGCAAAUGAGUUAUCAAAUGAUGGACUUCUGGCAGCCAUGGCCAGUCUUGCUCAUAAUUUAGUGUCUGAAAAGAGUGUCAAAGAAAGACUGCGUGAACAGAUAUUGGCUGGAGACCCCAACAAAAAACCCAGCAGUUUGCCUGGUGAAUCAAGUGUUGAAAGUCCCUGCUCGCAAAUGUCUGUAGCAAGUCCGGUGACUGGAGAUAUGCAGCGUAGCUCAAACGUUAUUCAGAAUGUGGCUCAAAAUGAACAGGAAAUUUUGGGAAAUGCUGCUGGGAGUUCUGCCAAAACUGUUCUGGAGUUGGGAGACAUCAAUCCGAACGAGGGCUUAGUUCAAACCAAGUCCUCUGCCUCGGUAGGACCUGCUGUGAAUGACCAAAUCACAGCCAAAGUGGACGAAAUCUUAGAAAUUCAAAAGGCUUUUGAGAAGCUUAACCUAGACAGAGAUAUCAAUGAAGAUAGCAGCACUGUCAGUGGUCCUACCGUGAAUGACGAGAAGCCUAAUAAGCCAGUAGAGUCCAAAGGUUCACCCACUGAGAUACCAAGUUUUGUGAAACCAUUUGGAUGUGAUGCAAAGGGUUGUACUUACAGAGCAAUGACAAAAGAUGCUCUUAUUAAACAUCUCAUCAAACUGCACAAUUACACAGAUGACAUGCUCGCUCAGUUAAAAGACCAGUUUAAUGUUGCCCCUUUCACCUGUCAAAAAUGUUCCAAGGCAUUCACACGCAACUCCAACCUCAGAGCUCAUUAUCAAACAAUUCAUAAUUUUUCACAGGAAGAUUUGAAGAAAAUGAAAAUGAAUCAUCAGUCGAUUCAAAUGCCGAAGGAGAGUGACACAGGAAGCCCUUGCCCAGUGCCAGAAUUUGUGUCCAAUCAAGUGAAUAACAUGCCACUUCCAGAUGUGCGUCAACAGCAAGAAGCUGCUACAGUUACAUCAAAGUCCUUGAAAGUGAAUAAAAUCAAAAAAUCUAAAUGCGUCAUCCCAUCACUUGUCCAGCAACCUGCUGUCGUUCCUCAAGGCAAACGUCUUGCUAUAAAAAAACAGGCAGUAACUUGGGAAAUUCCGAUUCCUAUACAGCCUUCAGUCAUUGUGUCUGGUCAUUCUUCAGUAAAUCCAAAAGUAGAUCAGCCUCCUAAUACAUGGUGCCCUGGUCAGGUGCAUGGCUCCCCUCUUAAAGAACUUCUACCUAUGCCUCCCUUAACCCAAAACCCGUCAGCACCUGCAAAAAAAGCAAAUAAGUCAGUUGACAUGAAGCCCAAACCUAGCAAGCCCCGACCGGCAAAGCCAAAAGAAUCUCCCAAAAAAAUAAAAGAGAAAAAAGUAGAAAAUGAUGAUGCAUUUAGUCCCUACAGACCUUAUCGUUGUGUUCACCAUGGCUGUGUGGCGGCAUUUACAAUUCAGCAGAAUUUGAUUCUACAUUACAAAGCGGUGCAUCAGUCGGCUUUGCCUAAAUUUGAGGUGAACAAUCAAGAUGAGCAAAACGAUGAGGAGACAGAGGAAAAGAGUAAGAAUGAGGAGAAUGAGGACACUCCAGAUAGUGAAAUUAAGGAGGUGGAUGAGUUCAGGUGUCAAGUCAAAGACUGUUCUUGUAUUUUCCAAUCAGUUCCAGACUUGCUUCAGCAUUACCUUCAGCUGCACAAGUUAACCCUCGAGAAAGCAGGUGCCAUGAUGUGUAGCAUCAAUCUGGGCCGGUUUCAGUGUGAUCAGCCAGACUGCUCUGAGACUUUUACAGGCUUCUGGAAGUACGUCAAUCAUGUCGAUACAGAGCAUAAAGAUAUAAAAAUCUCUCAAGUUGAUGCUGUGGAGGGCUUGUUCAGAUGUCAGGUGGAGGGUUGUGAAUGUGCUUACAGCACACGGUCAAAUCUACUGCGGCACACCAUGAAGAAACACCAUGAUGUUUACAAACGACUGCUCAUGAACCCACAAGAAGGCAAGCGGGUUAAACUCGGUCGUCCAAGGAAAAAUCCUUUGGACGUCGUUGAAAAAGAAAACCGCGAAACGAACAAGAAGCCAAUAAAAAAGGGGUGUCUGAAAAAGAAAAAAGAUAAGAAAAACAAUUGGACCAAAUAUGGAAAGCCCAUUUUGAAAACACAGGAAGAAGCUUCUGCGAUGUGCACAAAAAGAUUACAACUGCAGUACGCUUGUAUGAUAAAGGGCUGUGAAACUGUGACCGGUUCAGAAAGAAAUAUAAUGAAACAUUACCUGCAGCAUGGUCUCCCAAAACAGUACCUGGAGGAACAGAGAAGCAACUUUAUAUACUGUAAAAAGUUACCCCGAUCCAGAUAUAAAGGGGUCGCGUCCAGAAGUGACGACACUGAUAAAUCUGCGGAGAGCUCAAUCGAGACGUCUGAUAACGAGGAAACUGUUGAGCCGGGUCCGAGCGAAUCUGAGUUCUCAAAACCCACAUCUGAGAAAGAAAGCACGGAGGAUGCAGAUCUGUCGGACAUUAAGCCUUCCACAGACACGUGUUCAGAGAUAUCGGUAGUGGUGAAACGCCGGAGGGGACGCCCACGCAAAGGCGAUGGCAAAACAGACAGAUCGUUAGGACGUAACAGGACGACAAGGCCGAGGACCGUGAGAAGCUGUGCUGUGAAUUAUCUGGACGUAAACUCUGAUUCCACCUCCUCUAGCGCUACUCUGACCCAGGAGGAUGUCUCUGAUCAAAACACACCAUUGAAUUCGUUCAAGCCCAUGGGAUUUGAGGUGUCCUUUCUUCAGUUUCUUAAGGAAUCAAGGACAUCCAAUAAGCGAAAGGCAACAGUACCGAUAAAUGGAAGUUCAUGUAAACGGAUGGCUGCUUUCCAUCUAAAGACCGCGACAGUGGUGUGCAGAAGAUCCGACGCAAUAAUGCCCUCACGGGAUGUCCUCCAACAUGUUGAAUUUAAAAAUCCCCAAAAGUUGACUUCUCUCAGCAAUGUCACGUUUGAAGUGCAUAAAGUAUUUUCUGAUGUCCUUGAACUUCUGCUCAAACAGCUUCAUGAAAUGCGACCCACAGUGAUUCUUGAAAAAGAAAAUUAAUUUACAUAAACUUUUGUUGUCAGAACUCAGGAUUAAGGUUCAUUGCUGCAAACCGGUGUCUAGUCAAAUGGUUUUAUCUAUGGUAUGACUGCAUAUGGACUGAAUGCAGAACAGCUGUUGCUCGUCGAAGGAGCUGUGGAAUUUGUUUUAAUUGUAGAAAACACUACGUGCCCUUGAUCUUAAUGACCCCUAUAGUAUGAUGUUUAUAACUUGUCAAGACAGCUUGUGUAUGUUAACCUCACGUGAUAGUUGCAGUAGGUGAUGAAAUACCUCUAAAGCAUGCGUGUCCUUAUAUAAAGCCCAUCAGCACAUUUUUCUUGCCUUGAUUUUGGUUCCUUUAUUAUUUGUUUUGAGUAUUGGAUAGGCUCAUGACUUUGUAAUAUUCUAUUGGACUUUUUCUAUCCAAACUGAAAGUGAUUCAUGAUCAUUUCUGAGGUUAUGUGCUGUGUAAGAAUUGUAACCGUUUUGGUCAUGUUUACCUUGUAAAUUUAAAAAUUUGUCAAAAAUGUUGUCUGGUUCUUUGAUCAACUACUGCCACCAGCAGUCUGUAUGUUACUUAAUAGAUACCACUUUAAUACAGCUUGCAUUUUCUUA